AUGUCCGCCGUACAUACUUUUAAUGGGCACCCUAUUCUACGAUACCUAGCUCUGGACAGAGAUUACGACCCAUCUCCCGACGAUUCUCCCAUCGAAUUUCUCAAAAAGCACAUGUCCCAACUUCCACCUCACCUCUUGGUCCUCUUCAACGCCCACCCCAAAGCUACUCCCCGCGCUCGUUCAUCAGUACCCGCUAUACGGAACAGACGAUGCGCAUAUGUAGCCACCGAGCCCAAGUCACUCGACCCUGAUGUACUAAUUAAGGUGGACCCUGAAGUAUGGGACCUGGUGGAUUCGGAACGGGCACAGGCAUUGACGAUCAGGCGGCCGACGGAAGAGGACGAGGCAGAAGCCGACGAACGAGGAUGGGCAGCUAAUGAGUUCCAGGAUGGGAAUAAGCUGCACGUGGGGAAGAUCGGGGAACUACUAGCAGAGUUGGAGGGUGAGAGGAGGCGGGAACGAGAGAGGGCAGUGAGGAGGCAGGUGCUUGUUGCUCGAGCUAGGGAAGAGGAAACGCUAGAGGAGGAGGAAGAGAGUAGUGAUGAGGAAGAGAGCGUACUCCCUGGUAUUGAGCGUCUUCGCGCUGACCCGGCCGAGGAGGACAUACGGAGGACAAUCCGGGAACGAUUCAUCUCGGGACUGUUGACGAACGUAGACUACGACGGAGUCGACUGGGAUGAGAAAUGGGAUCCGGAUGAUCGUGAGGAUGAAGAGAAAUGGUUUGAUGAAGAAGAGGAAAGUUAG